AUGGGGAACAAUAAUGUUAAAAAGUCACCUGGACAAUUCGUUAAUCAACCUCAUUCUGUGAUGAGUGUUCGAACUGUUGAUCGAUAUCCUCCCAAGGAUCCGGAAAUACUUUCUCGUUAUUAUCAUUCAACAAUACGACAUCAUGCUCACUAUUUAUCUUCACCUUAUCAUCAUCUUUAUCAGUCAUAUCAUCAGGAUAGAUUGUCCAACAAUAAAGUACCAGGUAAAAAUCAAUCGCCUCAUAUCACUUUGUCAAGGUCACAUUCAGUAAUUCACUCAUUUGUUAAUUAUAUAAUUUUUCACCAUGGAUUCAACGGAUUCAAUGAUAAACAUCUAGAAAGUCAACCAGUUACGAUUGAAUGGCAAGAAUUAAGUGUUUCGGUUCGACCAGGAAGAGGAUUGUUCAAAUCGACGGCAUCGACCAAUACAUCAAUUCCUAUAAUUAAAAAUGUGACCGGUAGUGUGGAAAGUGGCCAUCUCUUGGCGAUCAUGGGAGCCUCUGGAGCGGGUAAAACGACCUUUCUAAAUGUUCUAACAGGUCGAAAUCUACGAAAUCUCGAUGUGGGAGGCAAAGUGCUUCUCAAUGGUCAAAUCGCGACUGCCGAUAAAAUGGCCGCUUGUUCGGCUUACGUUCAACAGGAUGAUAUGUUUAUCGGUGUGUUAACAGUCCGUGAACAUCUCACAUUCCAGGCUCAUUUACGGACAAGCGAUGGAUCAGAUCGAGAGAUCAAAGCCAAGGUUGACAAUGUUAUUUUAGAGCUCGGAUUGAAAAAGAUUGAAAAUUUUCGUAUCGGUUCACCGGGAAUGGAUAAGUCAAUUUCUGGGGGAGAAAUGAAAAGACUCGCAUUCGCCUCGGAGGUGAGAACUGAUCCGUCGAUACUUUUCUGUGAUGAACCGACGUCUGGAUUAGACUCUUUUAUGGCUCAAAGUGUUGUCAGCGUUUUAAGGUCAAUGGCAGCGACUCGACGAACCAUAUUAGCGACUAUUCAUCAACCUUCAUCUCAAGUUUUUGAAAUGUUCGAUGAGAUACUUUUACUUUCUCAAGGAAGAGUCGCUUUCAUGGGAAGUUCAGCUGAUGCUCUUAUUUUUUUCUCUCGAAUUGGACUUCGAUGUCCAUCCAAUUAUAAUCCUGCCGAUUUCUAUGUCCAGCAACUCGCAAUCAUACCUGGAAAAGAAGAUGAGUGCAAACGAAAAGUUUCCAGAAUUUGCUCUAAAUUCUCGGAAUCCGUUAGCAUUUCACGCACGGCACAAGCGCAAAGACAAAUAGACCAGAAAGGAGGCUACAAAAGGCCGACUCGAUUCUCGUACAAACGAGGCUUUUGUACGCAAAUUAAAUGGGUCGUUUGGAGAUCAUGGUUGACUAAUCUUCGAGAUCCUCUUUUAACCUUUUUCAGAGUGGCUCAAACAAUCUUUGUUGCUCUUCUUCUCGGUGUCGUUUACUGGAAACAAGAAUACAGCCAAGAAGGAAUCAUGAACAUCAACGGAGCCUUAUUCAUCUUAUUAGCUAAUGUCACAUUUACGAAUGUCUUUGCAGUCGUUAAUACUUUCUGCUUGGAAUUACCGAUAUUUAUUCGUGAAUAUGGCAAUGGACUUUAUUCAAUUGCCGUUUACUUUCUUUCGAAAUUAUUGGCCGAGUUACCGUAUUUCGUUUUCUUACCCUUUGGUUUCGCUGCCAUAACUUAUUGGAUGAUCGGCUUGUACGACGAGAUCCAAGUCUUUUAUUUAACGGCCAUGGUUUUGGUGCUAAUUGCAAAUGUCGCCUGUGGUUUUGGCUAUUUCAUCUCGUGCAUCAGUAAAAGUGUCACCAUGGGAUUGUCGAUAGCACCGCCGUUCAUGAUUCCACUCAUGUUGUUUGGUGGACUUUUCUUGAAUAAUAAGUCGAUUCCCCAUUAUCUGGCAUGGAUUAAAUAUCUCAGCUGGUUUUACUAUGGAAAUGAGAUUAUCGUAGUUAAUCAAUGGCGUAAAGUUACUAACAUUUCCUGUGAUAUUCCAGAUUCUGAUCAUUUAGGCUCGUUGGUCGGAGCCCUAGUGCCCAACAUGACUGAAAUUGAAGUUCUUCGAGACGCUUUGCCCCCAGGGCUUGGAUGUAUAUUGGAUGGGAAAGGAGUAAUCGAAAGGCUACAUUUCGACGAAAAUAAUGUCACAUUUAAUUUCAUCGCUCUAGGAGUUCUUCUAGUCGCUUUUAGAGUUUUAGCUUUCAUUGCAAUUACAAUCAGAGCUCAAUUAUUCAGAUGAUUAAACAUGCAAACCAUCAAACGAAAGGUUAAAUUUUCAUGUUCACACAAUCAACUGCGGUCAAUUUUGUUUCUCAUUUCAAUUUAAGUGUAAAAAUGGUCAAGAUACUUAUUAAAAGUUAAUCAAGCUACAAAAAUCAUCACAUUUAAAAUUUUUCUUGGUCAAAGAGGAGUAAUUAACUUUUAGAUAAUCAAUUGAUUGGUUAAACCACAAUUUAAAAAGUAAACUCAUGUUAUAAAAUUUUUCCUAAAUCAGUUAAUUAUUAGCGAUAACUAGUGUAUGUGUGGGUAAUUGUAAUCAAAUUUAAAAUCAAAUCUUUUUGUUGAUGUUGUUGCUUAGAAUCAAAUUACAUCAACAAUUAAGAGAUGAAACUUUAAUCACUCAUCACAUUGGGAAUAAACAAUAAUAACCUUUAUAUUGUUUACAACUCAACUG